AUGGUUGGGGCCGUUGAGAUUUUUCCUGCUUUGAAAUCGACGGUUUUGCCUGAUUUAGAUGGCUCUCGCUUCGAAUUGUUCACGUCGUACUCAAAGAUACGAGUGCCAGAAGGUGAUACAUAUUACUCAACCGGACCAUAUGGACAUUUUGCAACGUACAGCGUUGAAACAAGGGAGCGAGUUCGAUGCAUAAGUGCAGAAACAGGCGUACCAAUGUCGACUCAGUGGAGUCCGAUUCCGUAUUACUAUCCCAUUCAGAUUGCCCAGUAUGGACUUCAACACUAUAGCAGAAUGAUGGUGAAUAAGUCAGACAACGAAGUGGUGGUAAGGGGACUGGAAAGUAAUGAGUGGAAAGGUUCUGCUGCUAUGGAUGAAUCCAGCGAACGAAUUUUCUAUCAUGACGAGGAAAAGGGCGACGUUGUCAAUAUAACGGCAAGCGGUUGGUUCUUUUUAGGUUGCUCUACGGGUCUUAGACUAACCUGCAAUGCUGGUUGUUAUUUGUUUCUGGAUCCAUCCCCACGACUUCAUGUGGUGUCUUUCGAUUGGCUACCUAUUGAGAAUGCUUCGUUCACAAUUUUGGUGAAAGUUAUCCAGUCCGACUUGCUCGUACUACUUAAUUAUGUUACCACACAUGAUCCUCGCUGUGUAUGGAAUGAUACCGUUUCCUUUGCGGGUGCUGAUCAGGUAUCAUUCUCGUACUCUCUCGGUAACCUUGCAAACCAAUGGCAUUCUGUUACCCGUGAUGCGUUGGUGGACGCUUCUCGAGCAUUGUCAAGCAUGAAUGUGAGCAGGAAGAAAGAAGGAAAUGUUGUUUUGCAUCCAGGUGACGUUAAGUUGGUAUCUGUGGGAUUCCGUGGCAUGGUUGUAGUGCGACAACGUAUCGAACAAUCUGAAAAUGCUCAUCGAAAAUCAUUUCUGACAGCUGCU